AUGCCUUCACUACGUGACUGCUGGUCUGCAGACCUGGGACACCCAGACAUCAUUGGAAUCAUGUCCCGAAACCGCUUCCAAAACAUCAUGCAACACCUACGCUUUGACGACAAGUUCACCCGCGAAGACCGAGCAAAGACUGAUAAGUUUGCUGCAAUGUCUGAUGUGUGGGGAUCGUUUGUCACCAACUGCCUCACUUCGUGCAAUCCCGGUCGACACAUCACCAUUGAUGAACAGCUUUUCCCAUCAAAGACCCGCUGCUGUUUCCUGCAGUACAUCGCUACUAAACCUGACAAGUUUGGGAUCAAGUUUUGGGUGGCCUGCGACUUGAAAUCCAAGUACAUUUGCAAUGUCUUCCCAUAUCUUGGCAAGGACCCCAGUCGUCCCAGCGGUGAGAGACUGUCGGAAACUGUUGUGAUGAGGCUGAUGGAACCAUUCCUGGACAAGGGCAGAAAUGUGACCACGGACAAUUUCUUUACAUCGCUAUCACUUGCAAAACGACUGCUUGAACGAAAAACCACCAUCCUCGGCACAGUCAACAAGAUUCGCCGGGAAAUUCCUCCAUCUACAAGACGUAUGGACCGUAAUGAAUUCACCACUCAGUUGUUUUCGACCACGGGUGCGACUCUCACAGUUUACACUCCCAACCGGAAGAAGGCUGUCUACAUUCUCAGCAGCAUGCACAACCUCGUUCAGACGGAAGAUACCACCAAAAGGAAGCCAAACACGGUCACCCUCUUCAAUACCACAAAGUGCGGCGUGGAUAUUAUGGACCAGAUGUACGAACUAAUGGGAGCAGUCCCACAGGAAAUCCUCCAGCAGACACUAAGAGAAGAGCAGCAGGUGCAGGAGGUACUGACUGUCACUCACUCGAGGGACCCCAGCAUGAAUCCUCUGGUCCUGGGGAGGCUGUCUCACUGCACUCCUUCUCCCUCAUGCCUGACGGCACCCAGCCGGCUGCUGGCGGAGUCCACUGCAUGA